GAGAGAUACGAGAGUAGUUCCCACUUCCCAACUAUAGAGAGUGCUACAGAGAGCAGUGGAGGAGGAGAUUGGCGAGGCGAGACGCAGCGCUUUUUAUAUAAAUAUAGAUAGGAGAAGAGAGUCGACACAGCUAGAGAAGCAAAGUGAAGCAGAGAUAGAGAAACCCUGAAGCAGGGAAGAGCAAUGCCACAAAGGUUUACCAAUGGUGUUUUAGGUGUCUCUGUUUGUGGUCAAGAUAUGGGACAACUCUCAAGAGAAGGUAGCCAAUAUAGCCUUUCCAAUGCCCUUCUUCCUUCUCUUGGUGCUAGAAGCAAUCGCAGAGUUAAGCUUCGUUGGUUCGUGAUUUCUCCUUAUGAUAGUCGUUACAGAUUUUGGCAGAAUUUUCUGGUUGGUCUUGUUAUAUACACUGCUUGGGUAUCUCCAUUUGAAUUCGGAUUCCUUGACGGACCGAGGGGACUUCUUGCAGUCACUGAUAACUUAGUUAAUGGGUUCUUCGCCGUGGAUAUUGUUAUGACAUUUAUCGUUGCCUUCCUUGAUAAAACUACUUACCUCCUAGUUGACAAUCCAAAGCAGAUUGCUUGGAGGUACGUACGCACCUGGUUUGCCCUUGAUGUCAUAUCCACAAUCCCCUCAGAAGUUGCUCGGAGGAUUUUGCCUUCGCCUAUGGAGUCAUAUGGUUUCUUCAACAUGCUUCGUUUAUGGCGUCUCCGAAGAGUCAGUUCCCUUUUUUCCAGAUGGGAGAAAGACAGGGAUUACAAUUACUUCUGGGUUCGAUGUGCAAAACUAAUAUGUGUAACUCUCUUUGCUGUUCACUGUGCUGGGUGCUUUUACUAUCUUCUUGCUGCACGUUACCAUGAUCCCAAAAACACAUGGAUUGGAGCAUCUUAUAAUAAUUUUCUUCAGACAAGCCUUUGGAUACGUUAUGUGACAUCAAUAUACUGGUCCAUCACCACGCUCACAACUGUUGGCUACGGUGAUUUGCAUGCUCAGAAUACAAGGGAGAUGAUCUUUGACAUAUUUUACAUGCUUUUCAACCUUGGAUUGACAGCAUAUCUUAUUGGAAAUAUGACUAACUUGGUCGUCCAUGGGACCAGUAGAACUAGAAAAUUUAGAGAUACCAUUCAAGCGGCAUCAAAUUUUGCACAACGGCAUGGACUCCCAACACGCUUGCAAGAGCAGAUGCUUGCACACUUAUGUCUGAAAUUCAGAACAGACUCAGAAGGAUUGCAGCAGCAUGAGACUCUUGAUGUCCUGCCGAAAGCCAUCCGAUCAAGUAUAUCACAUUUUCUUUUUUAUUCUCUUGUCGACAAGGUGUACCUGUUCCGUGGUGUAUCGAACGACUUGCUUUUUCAGCUGGUCUCAGAGAUGAAAGCCGAGUAUUUUCCCCCCAAGGAAGAUGUGAUCUUGCAGAAUGAAGCACCAACAGACUUUUACAUAAUGGUUACUGGUGCCGUGGAUCUUGUGGUACUCAGGAAUGGACUGGAACAGGUUGUCGGAGAGGCAAAGGCUGGUGAUAUCUUUGGUGAAAUUGGUGUUCUUUGCUACAGGCCGCAGCUGUUCACUGUCCGCACUAAACGAUUAAGUCAGUUGCUGCGGUUGAACCGAACUGUCUUUUUGAAUAUAGUUCAGGCUAAUGUUGGAGAUGGGACCAUAAUCAUGAACAAUCUUCUUCAGCAUUUGAUGGAUCUGAAGGACCCAGAGAUGCAAGUAGUUCUAACAGAGACAGAGAACAUGCUAGCUCGGGGUAGAAUGGACCUUCCACUCAGUUUAUGCUUUGCAGUGAGUAGAGGAGAUGACCUAUUGUUGCAUCAGUUACUGAAAAAGGGCUUGGAUCCAAAUGAAUCUAACGACAGUGGACGCAGUGCUCUGCAUAUAGCAGCAUCAAAAGGAUCUGAAAACUGUGUCCUACUCCUACUGGACUAUGGAGCAGACCCUAAUAGCAGAGGUAUGUUCUAGCUCACAACCAACAUCAUCAGAUGGGCAUAAUGUAUAGGAAAAUGUAGUAGAGACAACCCCUCCCUCUCUUCUUCACUUUCCUGCCCUUGUUUUUUGAAACUAAUGGUAUUCUAGGGGCAUCCCUAGAGUUCUUAAGGUUGCAAUGAUUUCAAGUAUUGGGUGGGCAAGUGAAAACUUUAAGUAGGAAAAUCUUCUUAGAAUUUCUGUCACAUUAAAAUCGUGUGUCCUGUUUUAUUCUUCUUGUCACAUUUUAUUCCUAUUUGUACUUUAUUUUGAAUCUUCUGUUAUCAUUUAUUUCUUAUGCCCUGUUACUUUUUUAUUUUAUUAUUUUU